UAGAGCAGAGAUGCAAACAAAUCAUACCGCUGGCACCUCAUCAUUCGUCAAUGUUAUUCACAAAAAGGCAAAGAUUACUAAGUCCAUACCCAAUCCCAUAGAAAUCUACAAGCAAACGCAUGUUAGAAAAAAGGAUGGAAAAUUUGUGAGUGACUACGCUGAGAGUAAAUAUGAUGAAAUGAAAUCAAUAGAUUCCUCUAACUCCGACAACAUUAGCCAAGAAGACAUUGUCUUGAAGGUGCUAGGUGGACACCGCUCAGGACAUGUUAGAGGACAGGGUUGUGGUGCCAUACCUAUCCGGUUAAAUUCCUCAUCAACAGAACACCAUGAUGAAUGCUUGGCUCAACAGCUAGAAACUGAAAAGAAGCUAGCUGAAUCACUAGAGAAAUGUGAAAAGUUGGAGGAAAUACAAGUUGCUAUGAAGGCUGAAAUGCAGGAAGCACAAGCUGCUAUGAAGGCUGAAAUGCAGGAAGCAAAAGCUGCCAUGAAGGCUGAAAUGGAGGAAUCAAAAGCAUCCCAAGCUGCUUUGCAAGCACAAGUGAAUAUGCUACUAAAACAUUUCGGAGGGCUUGGAGGGAACUCUCAUGGAUCUCAAGCAAGUGAAAGCAACGUUUGAGGGAGCUUUUGUUGUAUUUUGUUUAAGACUUUCUUUUGAUAUUAUAAUGAUUAUAACAAUUUUGGUUUGUA